GCACGUCAUCCCCGCACCUAAGUUGAGGUCCCUGCAUAAUGGGCUUGAAACGGCAAGAAAAAAAAAUUAAGACAGACGUACGACCUGCCUCAAACAGGACAAAAUUCACUCACAGCGCGAACCGUGAUAGAUUGCUCACGUGUUUCUCUUUUUGACAUAAACACAAUACCAAUUAGAAAAACUAUUGAUCUCGAACAACCGAAAGGAAAGAUGGCAGACUCAUCACAACCCCUCCGUAUCGGCUUCGUUCCGGAGCACUUCUCCACACCUAUCCACUUUGCAAAGAAGCACUUCGGGCUCUCCGCUACAUUGAUCCCAUUUCCCUCCGGCACUGGGCACAUGAUCACGGCUCUGCGGGCCGGAGAGAUUGAUGUCGGCAUUGGGUUGACUGAGGCGUGGGUUGCAGGGUUGGGUAAGGAGGACACUCCCGGCGAUGGCGGCUAUAGAAUCGUGGGGACCUAUGUUGAGACCCCUCUUUGCUGGGCGAUCUCUACAGGCGCCAAGAGACCCGAGAUCACAUCUGUCGAGUCCCUGAAGGACUCCAAGAUUGGUAUCUCACGUCUGGGCUCUGGAUCCCAGGUGAUGGGCUAUGUGUUAGCAGACCAGCAGGGCUGGCUCUCGCCUUCCGCAUCGCCAUAUGCGGACUUUGUGGUGUUGCAAACAUUCGACAAGCUGCGUAAUGCAGUCAACGAUGGCACGGCCGACUUCUUCAUGUGGGAGCACUUCACGUCGAAGCGCUACUACGACUCGGGCGAGAUUCGCAGAGUGGGCGAGAUAUACACACCCUGGAGCAGCUGGAAGAUCGUGGCCUCGACGACGACUACGAAACUUGGCAACGACGAGCGGCUAAAGGACCUCUUCAAGAAACUAGACCAGGGCACGAAGUACUUCGUCGAACAUGCCGACGAGGCCGUCAAGUACAUCAGCACAGAGCUGGACUAUUCGGAGGCCGAUGCUCGGGAGUGGCUCACGACCGUCGAGUUUGCAGGGGAGGUGGCGGGAGUCAAUAUUACGGUCAUCGAGAAGUGCAUCGCUGCGUUGAGGAAAGCCGGCGUCUUGAAGGAGGACAAGGGUCUCCGAGCAGAGCAAAUGUUGGUCUAGGAGGGGUUGGGCGAGCAGGUGGCCGUAGCAAGCGAUCAUGUUAUCAAGACGCUCGGUGGGUAGUUUUAUAGUCUCCGGACUACGAUGAAAGGCAUCCAAGCUGCAAGGAGGUUAGAAAUGCCUUUGGCGGACCCUGAUGCAACCAGAUCAGCCAGGACACAGUAGUGAUGUUCAUUGUCAAAGGCACCACGCAUUUAGAAAUCAAGACACUAGACAGGGGAUGGAGCUUUACAACAGAAAAGCUUGGCGAUUAUAGACAAGCCCCCACCAAUCGACCUCCGUGUAGCAUUUUGGUAUGCGAAACU